AAUAUAAAAGCAUAAACAUGUUACAAAUUAUAAUAUAGAAAUCCUCAGCAAAUAUUUGCAUUAAAGGAUUAGUUUUGAGUGUGCAAGUAAUGGACAUAGCCAGCAUUGAGCUGAGCGUGGAGGCGCUUAUUGGCUCGCUGCUGGCGUUGGGCGUUUUAUUUGCCUUUUGUCGCAGCAUACUUGCUGAAGAUGUCGUCAUUUGCAUAUCGGGCAAACAACGUCACAGCUGGAAAUCAAUAAAAGUACUUGAACAGGCCUGCUUUUGCAAUGCAUGCGAGAUACUAUUGACACCCUCGGCGGGCUUAUUCUGCGAUUGCUGUGGCCUUUGUACGCACGCUGAGCCGGCGUGUCAACGCAAGGCGGAUUCGCUUUUUCGCUGCAAGGACAAAUGGUUGCGCAAUGCGCAAACAGUGCAACAUUUAUGGGUGCGCGGCAAUUUGCCCAUGAUGUAUACCUGCGCUGAGUGUGGCCAGGAGGCGGAUCAUCAUAUAAGCAGCUCAGGUCCGGGACUCUAUGGCUGGCGUUGUGCUUGGUGUCAGCGUUGCUAUCAUGAUCACUGCUACAAGCAAGUAGACACGAAUUCUACUUGCGAUUUGGGCGAGUUUCGUGACAUGAUUUAUCCACCCUACUGUAUUGUAGCGGCAAGAACCCGCGAGUCUGUGCGUCUGCAUCUCACUGGCAUUAACCCGCCCGAUAUAGAACACUGGGAGCCCUUAAUAGUCAUUGCUAAUACCAAAUCUGGUAGCAGCACAGGUGCCAAUGUACUUUCACUGCUACGUGGUUACUUACAUCCGUUGCAGGUGAUGGAGAUGGGCACGCGUGGCCCACAAGAUGCGCUGCAGUGGGUCGCUAAGACUAGUCCACGUCCCUGUCGCAUAUUAGUAGCCGGCGGGGAUGGCACCAUUGGCUGGGUGCUAAACACCAUCUACACGUUGAAUAUAAAGCCACAACCAGCAGUGGCGAUAAUGCCACUUGGCACGGGCAAUGAUCUUUCACGUGUACUUGGCUGGGGCGCUGAACCUCCGGCUGUGUUGGAUCCUCUGCAUAUACUGCGGAGUAUACGGCGAGCACGCUCCAUUAAUCUGGAUCGUUACGAUUUGCAAAUCGAGAAGCUGCACUAUCGGCUGCCCAUCCAGAGACAUCCCACAAAGACAGUGCAUGUGUAUAACUAUUUCAGCGUAGGCGUGGAUGCCUACAUUACCUAUAACUUUCACAAGACACGUGAAUCUCGUUUCUAUCUGCUCAGCAGCCGCAUUUUUAACAAGCUGCUGUACUUUACCUUUGGCACUCAGCAGGUCAUGCAGCCGGACUGUGAACGCAUUGAGCAGAAGCUGAUAUUGCAUUUGGACAACAAGCGCAUUGAGCUGCCAGAGCUGCAGUCGUUGGUGUUUCUCAACAUUGACUCUUGGGGGGCUGGCUGCAAGCUCUGCGAGCUGAGCAACUCCAAUGGUGAGGAGCGCAUCUAUAAUUCCAUCUCCGAUGGCAAAAUGGAAGUCUUUGGCAUUGUCUCCUCCUUCCACAUUGCUCAGCUGCAGUGCAACAUAAGCAAACCCGUACGCAUUGGUCAGGCCAAACAGAUAAGGCUGCAAGUUAAUGGCACAGUACCCAUGCAGGCAGAUGGUGAACCUUGGAUGCAGGGACCCGCGGAUUUGCGCUUGCAGGCACGCAGCCAAGCACGCGUACUUAAGCUGGAGCCAAGCAAUUAAGACAUACAUUAAUACUAUACACAUAUAUCGGUGCCACUGUACUUAACGUUUCCUAGGCUGAAAUCUCGAGUUCGAAUUUAAGUUAU